CCAGAUCCCAGAAGUGGGGAUACUUUGGUUGACCUCAGGGCCCUAGGAGUGGAGAUGAUUUUAUGGAACUGGAUGAACACAGGCAGGGACAGAAGCCUGAGACUUUUGAAAGUUUACGUCAGAAGAUUGUGGGUGGAAACUCUCAGAGGUUUGUUCUAAGCUUCCUGAGGCUUCCUCAGAGAGUAGAUGUCUCUUAGAGGUUUGUUCUAAGCUUCUUGAGGCUUCCUCAGAGAGUAGAUAUGUCUCAGAGAAUCUGCACAUGUUGAGAACAAGAGGAAGGCUUCCCUGGGCUUCUGCGGCUAUAUAAAGAUAGACUUGAGUUUCUUUCGAACAGCCCCCGCAGGAAUCCCUUACUUCAACUGAAGGAGUAUCGGUUCUUCAAAAAGCAAGAGAAGAGUGCCUUCUACACCAGAAGAACCAGUCCUCUGGUACUUAUUACUUGUCUGACAUGCAGCAGAACCUGAAUUAUCUCUACCCUCAAAUCUACUGGGUGGACAGCAGGGCUAGCCCUCCCUGUGUUCCUCCAGUGACAACUAUUCCCUGUCCAUCCCCUGGUCUGAGGAGGCCACCUCCGCCUCCUCCUCCAUCACCACCACUACCCCAUUCUCCCCCUUUUCUACCCUACUCAUCUGUAAAGAAGAGGACCAACAACACAAGUCUCUGUCUUCUUCUGGUCUUUUUUAUGGUUCUAGUGGCCCUGGCUGGACUGGGAAUGGGAAUGUUUCAACUUUUCCACCUGCAGGAGGAGAUAGCUAAACUCAGAGAGUCUAUCAACGAUGGGGAGGUAGUUUCAUCUCCUGAGCAACAAAUAGGUCACCCCAACACAUUGGAAAUGAAGGCAUUAAAGAAAGCAGCCCAUCUAACAGGCAAGCCUAAAUCACAAGGCAUGACCCUCGAAUGGGAGGACACCUAUGGAUUUACCCUGAUUUCUGGAGUCAAAUAUAAGAACCGCAGUCUGGUGAUCAAUGAUACUGGCCUUUACUUUGUCUACUCCAAGGUAUACUUCAGGGGCCAGAAGUGUGACAACCAGCCCCUUAAACAUAUACUUUAUAAAAGGAAUCCCACCUAUCCCAAAGACUUGGUACUGAUGGAAGAAAUGAAGAUGAACUAUUGUACUUCCAAGCAGAUGUGGGCCCAAAGCAGCUACCUGGGGGCCGUGUUCAAUCUCACUAGUGCCGACAGUUUGUAUGUCAACGUCUCUUCAUUUUCAUUGGUCAAUUUUGAGGAAUCCAAGACAUUUUUUGGCUUAUAUAAACUCUAGGGAAACUAAAGAAAAGAGGAUAGGAUCUGCUUUAUUAUGGUGUCCAGCCGAAGAUAUUGCCUUAAUAAGGAGCUCAGGAGCCAGUCUGGAGCCAAAGGGAAUACCACAAGAAUCGUGGACCAUGAGAAUCAUUGGGUUUCAUCCAAGGUCCAUGAGCCAGUGGAGUCCAUUGAGUAUGGGUGAGGAUAUAGAAGCAAGUGGCUACCAAGAAUGUUCUGAAAAGCCUUGGCUUGUCUUUUGGAUUUUUAAUCAUGUAACAAGCACAUUUAAAACUUACCUUUCAUGGAUAAGUUUGCUACCUCAGAGGAAACUGGUCCUCAUCUGAAUAUUCCUGAAUGUUAAUGGCAAGGGAUGAGUGGGGUUGUGUGUAUGUGCACAAGUACACAUGUAUGUGAAAAGGGUCCCUACCAUAUUGAAGUAUCUACACUUUCAGAUACAUUUCCAGGAGCAUAGGUUUUUUGUUUGUUUGUUUGUUUGUAUUGACAAGGAGGACAAGAAAGUUCUUGCAUGAGAAACCAUCUUUUAUUCCACAUGGAAAGGAUGUCAGUGCAAUUGUUGCUGUGUGUUUACAGGUGUGUAUGCUGAUUCCAGCACUAUGAAAGAUAAAAUACUUACUUGGGUUUUCUCUAAGCAGAGGGCCAUAUGAGGACUCUUGAGUUCUGAUAAAUUAUCAGAAAAAUUUGGAAAACAUUAAGUGAUGAAUCUUGAAAUUUCUGAAGGAGCUAAUUUUAUUAGUAAAGUGUUUACAACAGCAUGAUGUUUUGUGGUUUUCAGAAAAUUUUAAUUAAUGUAAGCUAUUUGUCCUGUUUCCAUAAUAUUUAUACAUGAUAUGUGCAUGUUUUUCUAUUAAGA